UAGGCCCACUUUUUCUAACCAGCCUUCUGUAAAACAUUAAAUUAAGAUAUCAGAUUCUCUGCUUUCAUUUGGUCGCCAUUACCUCCAACGCUGAACAUAAUGGUGACCCCUAGUUUAAAUCGCGGUUAAUCUCAGUACUUUAAAGCGAAUCGCUAGUAAAUUUAGUAAAAUUUGCGAGCCGGUACGUCGAGGAAUCGCCGCGUAUCCUGAUUUAGGCCGGGAGAGCAACGUUACCACGUAGGCAGCAACCGCGUGGGGCUCCGCCGACCUGAAGAAGCUGAAGAGGUGACUAGGAGGCGACCACACCACUCGAUCGAGCGGCCUGAGCCAACGCGACAGGCGCCGACCGAGCCACCAAAGCGGGACCACGUGCGUGGCACCGCAGCCGCAGCAGGGAACGGCUACCGCAAGUACCAAAGGGACCACGUGGGUGGUACCACACCAGAGGCAGAAGGAGCGCCCAAGCGAGGGCAAUCACCAAGCUACGCCACGCGCACGAGCAUCAAUCGAGAAGGCAAGUGAGCUGGCAUUCCCUAACCUAUCUACCAAAUCUCCCUACCAAAUUUAAUUGUAAUCGAUUUAUUUCCUACAAAUUGUAAAUUGUAAUCGUUCUUAAUCAUGUUAGAAACUUCCAAAAACACUCUAGAAGAGUUAGAAAUUAGGCAGUUAAAAAAUAGACGAGGUGUCUGUAAGCGAAAAUUAACUGUAUUUAAUAAAUUUAUAGAAAGAAUCGACUCAAGUGCAUUGACGGCCGAAAUAAUUGUAGACAUAAGCUUAAGACUAGAACAAUUACCAAAGUUAUACAAUGAUUUCUCUGAGAUACAGGACCGGAUCGAGACACUGUGCAGCGACGAAGGGGACAUCGAAGCCCACGAGGCCGAGCGUAUGUCAUUUGAGGACACAUUUUACCGACUUAGCGCUAAGGGCAAGCUGCUGGCGAAGGUAGAUACCGAUUCAACACCAAAUGACCAUAGUCCGCAAGCCCCGCCGCAGCAACCCCUCGGAUUUCAAAACCUUCCUAAAGAACCGAGCUGACCGGCUGGAAGCGACCAGCCCAGCAGUACCAUCGGACGCACCCAGCACUUCCAAGAAGGCCAUGGUAACCACGUCCGAACCUAUCAAGGGCUCGAGUCAGCCAAUUUCCUGGCGGCGCUGCGACGAUUCAUCGCCAGGAGAGGUAAACCGAAGGAGUUGGACUUCUGGCGGCGCUGGUCACGUGACUACAUCGGAACGCUGCAGGAACGCACGAAGUGGAGGAGCGCGCGCGGCCCAAGCCUCGCAGUCGACACCGUCGUCCUGGUACGAGACGAGCGUCUGCCGCCCUGCCGGUGGAGGCUGGGCAAGAUCGUCGCGACGCAGCCGGGCCGGGAUGGCGUCACCAGGGUGGCCGUCAUCCGAACCGCCAGAGGGGACAUCCAACGCGCGUUCAAUAACAUUUGUCCAUUACCUACUUCGGGUGAAGUCAUAUAAGUAGUAAAUACCUACCAACAGUACCAACCUAAUGUAAAGUUCAAAUAAUUAUAACUAAGUGUCUAAUAAGUAUAAUUAAGUACCUAAAUUACCUUACUUACCUAGUACCUAUGUACAUAAUUAGAAUACCUACUCCCUAUUUAAAAUAAAAAUCAUUUC